AUGCAUCCAGCCAUUCUCUGGGCAGUCCUGUUUUCAAUAGUUCUGGCUGAAAAAUCCCCUCGACUGAAAUUUAUUGUGCAAGAGCCAGCAAGGUUUCACUUCACAAAACCAGAAAACUACAUGACAAUGUACCACCAGCAGGGGAGUAAUGUUCUGUAUGUGGGGGGGCAAGCAGUAAUUUAUAUGCUAAACUUCACCCAGAAAGGAGUGCAAGAAACACAGAUAUCUGCAGUGACUGAUGAAAAUGUCAGACAAAGCUGCCUUGCCAGAUCAGUAUCUAAGAUUGAGUGUGACAAUUUCAUCACUGUUAUUGAGAAAGUCAAUGACACCUUUGUGGUUUGUGGGACAAAUGCCGGGACUCCAAAAUGUUGGCUAUUGAUGAAUGAUACUGUGCUCACUGACAUGGCUGAUAAUGGACAAAGGAUAUCUGCCUCAGAUAUUUCUCCAACCAUCCCUUCUCAACGCUCUGUCAGUCUCUCAGCAGAUGGGAGCCUGUAUUCUGCUUUGUCAGCUAUGGGAAAACAGCUUGGCUCUAUACGUCGCACAUACAGCUCCAACAAGCUGUUGAAGACUGAGGACAAAUGGAUGUUGAACCCUCAGUUUGCUGGAGCAGCAGUCAUUCCAGCAACACAGAAGUACAAUGAGGAGAUCUACAUUUUCUUUAGUGAGACCAACAAGACGGCUGAUCUGGAUGAAGAACCAUACAGGGCCCGAAUUGGACGAAUCUGCACGAAUGAUGAGGGGGGUACAAAGACAGUGCUACCUGACUCUUGGACUACGUUCCUGAAGGCUCGUGUGAUGUGUGGGACAGCCAGCACCCCUCAACAGUACAAUAACAUCAGGCGAGCAUUUGUACUGACAUCCCCACAUCGUACUGGUGUCAUGUAUGGGCUUUUCUCCAAUGCAUGGGACACAACUGUAGUCUGUGCAUAUUCAAUUGAGGACAUUGACCAGGCGUUUGCUAAGUCAAAGCUUAAAGGCUACAACAGCCCAUUCAGUUUCAAUGGAAUGUGUUCUAAGAAUCAUACAGCAACUCAGAACCCAAAAAUGCUGAGCGUGAUCAGUGAUCAUCCUGAGAUCGAGGACAUGAUACUGCCAGUAGGAGAUGCUCCUCUGGAUCUACCCACUGAAGACCACUUCACACACAUUGUGGCAGACACUGUGCUGGCAGUCAAUGAAGAGCAUUACAGUGUCAUUUACCUGGGAACAGAACAAGGAAAAAUUCUAAAAGUGCUCCACACCAUUGAAGAAGCUUUUAUUAUAUCCCAGUAUUCUCUAUUCCACAAUGAGGGGCCCAUCAUUAACAUGGCCAUCGACUCACAGAGAGGUCACCUUUACAUUGGUACAGCAAUGGAAGUCCAACGCCUACCACUGGCUGACUGCAGUCGAUACGGAGACAGUUGCAGAGAAUGCAUUCUCUCCAGAGACCCAUACUGUGGGUGGGACUUGGCCAAAAAGAGGUGCCUAGCAAUUCCAUCAAACUACAGUGCCACUACUGGUGGACUCCUACAGAGUCUUGACCAAUCAAAUGCUUCUAUUUGUGGAGACACUGCAGCUCUAAAGAUACGCAGUACAAUUCCCAAGGUAGUGCAGAUGCAGAAAGAUGGUCCAGUCCUGUUGCCAUGUCCCAUUCGCUCCUACCAUGCUACCUACAGCUGGGAGAAGGACAACUGUAUUAAGCGCUACUCCUGUACCGUGUCUGGUUCAUCCUGUGUGCUUGGCUCAAAACCUGAUCUGCCCUUGAAGGAGGGUGUAUUCCGUUGCAUGGCCUUGGAGAGCGGCCUGAAACAGGAAGUGGUGUCCUACAGGCUGGUGUUUAAUGCUGGGCCUCCUGCCACUUCACUGGCUUCCACAUUGGCUCUGUCUCUACUGCUGGCCAUGAUUGGAUUCUGCUUCCAGUAG